CCUCCAAACGCACUCCGUCCCUCCAACCCAACGCUUACUCCUUCGCUUCUCAACACCUCUCUCUCUCUCUCUCUAAUUCCUUCACCGUCUUCCAUGGCCGAAAACCGCCACGGCAACCCCUUCUUAUUCAACCAACCUUCCUCCCACAAGGGUGGCUGGCACGCCGCCAUCUUCAUCAUCUGUGUGGAGUUUGCAGAGAGAUUCGCAUACUAUGGAUUGUCGGGGAACCUGAUAACGUACCUCACGAAUGCUCUUCACGAGCCUAUUACGACGGCGGCCAAAAACGUCAACACUUGGGUCGGCGUUUCGUCUUUGUUUCCUCUGAUCGGUGGGUUCGUCGCCGACUCGUAUCUCGGUCGUUUCAACACCAUAGUCGUCUCGUCUCUCAUCUAUCUUUUGGGCAUGAUACUUUUGACACUCUCAGUCUCAGGACUGAAGAAUACCACCUUAUUCUUCGUCUCCCUUUAUAUACUGUCCAUCGGCGACGGUGGUCACAAGCCGUGUGUCCAGACUUUCGCGGCGGAUCAGUUCGAUGACGACUCGCCGGAGGAAAAGAAUGCCAAGAGCUCAUUCUUCAACUGGUGGUACUUGGGGAUAGUGGCUGGUUCAACUAUAGCCACUUUCCUAGUAAUAUACCUUCAGGAUAAUAUUGGAUGGGCCACGGGCCUGGGAGUACUAGUUGCUGUGUUGGCAUUAGCAUUAGCAUUGUUCUUGUUGGGUAUAAAAAGGUACAGGAAGGAAGGCCCAUUGGGUAGCCCAUUUACGAGGAUGGCCCAAGUCUUCGUGGCUUCAGUUCGGAAAUGGCGUGUGGCGAACACGCGUGAUCCUCGCACAUAUUGGUAUGGCGAGGAAGAGGAUCAUAUAUCCCAUCUCCAAAUUCAACCCAAGUCUCAUUCUUUGGCCCACACCAAUCAACUCAGAUUUCUAGACAAGGCAAUGAUCAUCGACGAUUUGGAUGCUUCAAGCAAAACCAAAAACCCAUGGAGACUAAGUUCAGUAACACAAGUCGAAGAAGUCAAGCUAGUUCUUCGUCUCAUCCCUAUCUGGCUAACUUUCUUAAUGUUCUUCGUCGUCCAAGCUCAGCUCCACACAUUCCUCAUCAAGCAAAGCAGCACUAUGGCUCGUUCAAUCGGACCACACUUCCAAAUCCCUCCUGCAUCACUUCAGGGCCUCGUCGGGCUCAUCAUCCUCAUCGUCGUCCCGAUCUACGACCGCCUUUUUGUCCCCUUCGCGAGAAAACUCACCGGCCACCCAUCUGGUAUCACGGUGUUGCAGAGAAUCGGAACAGGCCUGUUCUUAUCUGUCCUCAACAUGAUCGUAGCAGCUUUAAUAGAAACCAAAAGGAUUAGUGUUGCUACGGAGAAUCAUCUUCUGGACAAUCCCAAAGCUGUAUUACCGAUGAGCAUAUGGUGGAUGCUUCCUCAGUAUAUCAUCUAUGGUUUUUCUGAUGCACUGGCUGUUGUAGGGUUUCAAGAACUGUUCUACGAUCAAGUGCCGGAGACGAUGAGAAGUCUCGGAGCUGCGGCGUAUAUAAGCUUGAUAGGGAUUGGAAGCUUUGCGAGUAACGUUGUUAUAAGUGUUGUGGAAGAGAUUAGUUCAAGAACUGGUGAGAAAUGGUUAGGGAACAAUCUGAAUAGGGCACUGGAUUAUUUCUAUUGGGUUUUGGCAGGUUUAGGUGUUGUGAGUUUUUGUAUUUAUAUUUGGUUGGCUACGAGGUUCGUGUACAAAAAAAUUGAUGUAACUGAUGAUACUAGAAACCAGAAAGUUUAAGAUCUAGCUAGGAGGUGGUGCUUGAUAUAUGUGUGUGUGUGGGUGUGUCUGAGGAUGGAGAUUUUUGAAAGACCAUGCAUGUAGCAUCCUACAUAAUAUAUAUGAAAGAUGUGUUACUACUACGCUUUUGAUGAAAAAACUUAUAAUAAACACCUGAGGGUUGUAUUUAA